AUGCAAGCAGGCUGACUUAACACAUCUCAAUCUCCAGUGGAAGAUAAAAAUUCCGAGUUUCCCUCAUCUGUAGCGCAUAUGAACAACUUUGCGGCCAAUGGGAGUGGCUCUUUCGGUUUUGCCAGCAAUGCUCCUGGAAGUGCUAUUAUGCAGGGCUCCUGUAAUCCUAGUGGAUCGGAGGCUUUUUUGGGAACUCCAAAUGCUAAUGACUGGAUACAGCUGACAAAUUCCACUGCUUCUACAGAGAAUCUGAUCAGCAAAAUUGCAGCUCUUAGUUUCGAGGAAGCUCGUCCCCUUUGGGCAAGUAAUGGCUCUCCUAACAUUGUCCAACAGUCUGACGGAACAUGUCUCCCUACCUCAAUGCCGUGGGAAAUUCUCUCUGCCAGUCCUUCCACUCAGCCUAUCGAUGUUCAGCGUGGAGGGAGAGAUCGAAAUUCGGCAGGUUCUUUCAUUGGCCCUCCUGGUGGAAAUUUUCUUCUCAAUAACUUGAGCAACAAUUUAGGAGAAGGAGGUCUUCUUAUGUCGCCCAGUUCCAAGGAUAUGGCUGCUUUAGGCAUGCAGAUGGUUGACCAAGUUUUGAGCAACUCACCUGGAAACGGAAAUUUCUCAAAUCGGGAUGUCAUCGAAGGUGUGAUUGCUGGUGCAUUAGGCAAUAAUGGCAAUCUAACUCCUGGCAUAUCAAAUAUUUUGCCUACGAGUAAUAGUUCCGGGAGCGGAUUUCCAUUUAAUAUAAUGCCCACCUCUCAGACCCCACUACAGCAUCCUAAUCAGUUUUCUGGUGGCACUGGUGGAGCAGGCUUCAUGCAGCAUACUUUUCCUCAGACAAAUCAACGUACAAAUCACUUUUAUGUCCAGCAAUCUCAAGCACAGCUUUUGAGUGGGCCAUCACUUUCACAACUACCCCAUAGCGGUAGUGGUAUGAAUGACUUCAACUUGGUUGGUAAUUCAGGGCGUUAUUCUUCCGUUGAUGGUGAUAUAAACCAAAUGCGUCAUAUCGCUGUUAGCUCCAGUGGGUCAGAAACUCCGAGUGCCGUGAUUCCUACCCCGUCAUCGAACGCUCCUUUUGUGGAUCCCGCAAUCCUUUCUGCUGCAUAUUCUGGCUUACCUUCUUCUCUGGUAGGUGGGGACGUGUUUCGACCUGGGAGUCAGCCUUCCACAUUUCAGCCCUCAAGUGUUCAUCAGCAGACUCAACACUCUGGAUUUAAUUUUGGGCAAAGCGCCACCGGCUUCCCUCUUUCUUCCAAUGUUUCUUUGACUACUGCCGAUUUUUCUGCCCUCGUCCCUUCAAACGAUGAUCUUCACUCAGCAGCAACAGGAUCUGGAUUCGUCAGCUCAGUCAGUGAGCCGGGAAGUGGAUUCCCACCAAAUGCAUAUCCAAACCCAGCUCAUCAAACCCAUAACAAUUUGUCAAUGUCGUUUGCACCUCCUACCUUAGUUAGUGGUUCCGGUGGAAGUAGUAGAUUGACUGGCUUGUUUGGGCCUUCUGUUCACAACCAAGACCCAGAAUCCAUUCAAGUUGCAGCCUUAUUAAGCAAUGGGGAAAGUGGUGAUAUGAUUGGGCCUCCGCCUUGUAGCAUCACGGGCCUUUACAUCAGUGAUCAUUUUCUUUCAACUUCAAAGGCUGGAUCUGCCGCCAGUCUUGCAGAUCUUUCCUCCAUUAGACCAACUGCACCUACUGAUGGGGCACCUGAUUUCUCUUCUGGGUAUUCAAUCUCGCAGUCUGGAAUCAGCCCAUUUGGAACAGCUCAACUUGACAUAACGGCUGGUCACCAAUCUAUGUCUAAUGGUCCCUUUGGCCGUGGAAAAUCUCCACAUAAUCUUCCUGGUGGUUCUUUGAAUCCAUCUCAACAACAGCCAGGAGGUGCAUAUGCGAUGGCAAAUCCUGAUUUAUAUAAUCCACCUCUUGCGCCUACUGGUCAAAUGUCUGGCUCAAAUCACUUUGAUUCCAUUGUUAAUGCUAAUUCAUUGAAUCGGCAACAUAUUCCAACAUCUACUCCUAUUGCAAAUGAUUUCCUUGCUUCGAACAAUAUGGCUUCGCCUGUAUCAGCUGGUCAGCAUCUAAUGGCCUCAAAUCCAAGUUUACUUACUCAUGGAGGCCUCUACCAGACACCUGCACCUGACUCACCCGGCGACCCCCAUUCUCAACAGCAUCAACAAGCUACUCUAUUCGCUCAGUCGAUGCAGCAUCUACUGGCGACGGCUGCUGCACUUAACGGUACGGGCAGUACUCAACAACAGCAGCAGUCGCAGCAGCAAGCCCAAUCGGCACUCCAGCAGGAUUCGGUCGGACACCGAAGUGGCUCGGCCACUGCUGCUGAUGUUUUUGCAUCUUUACAGGCUGCAGCAGCUGCUGCUGCCGCUAGUGGAGGUAGUGGCGCCCCAGGCUCCGCCUUCUUAGUGCCUCAGCAUCCUGGCUCAGAUGUUUCACUGAGCAACUCUGCCGCUGCUGCUGCCAACAUGCCACCACCUGGUCUGGCCGGCCAUUCAGGCCUUCCAUUACAACAUGCACAUCCACAA